CCUAGAAGACAGGGGUGGCGAAGCCCAGCCACUGAGGACGAGCUGCCGGAAGGACACCGAGGUGACCGGCGGCAGCAGCAGGCCUGAAGGCUCUGACUGCUUUGGAAGAUAUUUCAAUGAGAUGCAAAUCGCAAUCGACUGGCCAUUAGUUUCCACUGCAGUGUUUGCAGGUGGAGUCGAAUGUAACCCCCCGGGAAUGGAGCGGGGAGGGUCAGAGAACGCGGCUGCGCUCUGGAUCUCCGAAGGGGGGCGGGGGCCUGGAAGAGGUCGGGGCCCUGAAUGGACUGCUGGGUCCCUGCUGCCGCAAUCUGACCCUGCCCUCCAGCCUACCCCUUACUCCUAGAUUAAGGGACCCAAGAAGACCCACCCAGAUGCCCUGAAAGGAGGCAGGGGAUGGGGGUGGGGCAAUACGCAGAGUUUGCCUGGUAAAUGCAGAAAAGGGGUGGCGGCUGGAGGAGAAAAGGAUGGAGCAGCCGUCAGCUUCUCAACUCCGCAUCCUCCGGCUGCCUCGGCUGGGCUCCAGCCUGCGCCCUCGCCCCUUGGAACAGCCGUGUGUCCAUCAUUCUCUCCGCAUUCGUCUCCAUCAUUCAGCCACCACCGCACCCUUUCUCUAUUCAUUUGUCCAGCCCCGCCCAGCGUGCUGGUCUAUCGGUCUACACCCAUGGGCCGAGCCCUCCUCACCAGGGUCCUCCUGGAACCGCUCCGGCCUUGGGCUUGUCCGCGGCUCCCACGGUCCCCGCCCGGCGGGGAACAGAGCAGGAGGGGAGGGGCACUAGGACAACCCACUCUUCGCCGCGCAGCUGCACCCCUUCGCGCAUGGGCGUGGCGUAGCUCAGCCCCGCCCCUAGCGCUUAGCGUCUGGUUUCACUCGCCCAGAGGGUUGGCUAUAUCCCAAGCUUUUGACCCCAAGGGGCGCGGAUGCCAAGGCCCCUGGGUUCUGCUUCCGUGCACCGAGUCCUCCCAGCAGCCCACCCCGAGCAUUCAGAGAACCAGACUCCGGCUGGGCCAAGCAUUAACAGAACACAAGAUUACACAAUAAUUUAUUUAUUGAGAGCCUCCUCUCCGCCCUUGCAGUCUCUAGGUCACUUUUUCCGCUUGUAGAUUUUGCGCGCAAGCCCCAGAAAG